UGUUAGCUUAGGUUUGCAACCAAUCAGUGAACACUACUUAGAUUUCCUGUUUUAGGGAUAUAUAAUAUGCUGUAAUGGUUUUUUGGGACAUUUAAAAAGGAACUGAGAUUUGAAGGAUAAGCACCUAACGUAGACAAUGGAUGAGGAGAGAAAAUUUGACCAUGAUUUCCAGGGCGACGAGAGGUCGUUUUUAGAUUCACAAAUGCAUGGAGCAUUUCACAGUCAUUUCAUUGAGUCUGUUCGGCCUUUGAUUGAGUUGAUCGACUCUCUGAGGUUGAUCGGCCUUGAUGAAGAUAUUGGUUUACCAUCCAUUGCAGUGGUGGGAGAUCAGAGUUCUGGAAAGAGCUCUGUUUUGGAGGCACUUUCUGGAGUAGCUCUACCUCGAGGAAGUGGUAUUGUUACCCGCUGUCCUCUAGAGCUGAAAUUGCAGAAGCUCAAAAAUGGACCAUGGUCAGGGGUCAUUUGUUAUAAUGGUCACAGAGAGACCUUUAAUGACCCAUUAAAAGUGGAUAAGCUUGUUAGAGAAGCUCAAAACAAGCUUGCUGGAAAUACGGUUGGAAUCUGUGAUGAACUCAUCACUUUAGAGAUUUCAUCUCCUGAUGUUUGUGACCUCACUUUGAUUGAUCUACCUGGUAUAACCCGUGUACCUGUGCAAGAUCAACCUGAAGACAUUGGAGAUCAGUCAGAUGUCUGAUGUGUGGUAUGCUUAGUAAAUCCAGUACUCCAAAUUCUAAGGAACGAGAUGCCGCGUCAAUGACGCUUGGGGAAUGCCCUUCAAUCUGCAAUCGGACCUGUAAGAUGGUGAGACGCCAAAGACGGGGGACGUCAUGGGGCAGGAAGCAUAAGAGCGCAUGGAAUUCAGCCGACUUCAGCCAUGAAGCGGGGACGGGCAGGGAUGCCGCAAGUGUGGCCUUGAAAUGCAGCGUCACUUUCAUUCAAGAAACCAUGGUUACAUUCAUAGCCUGGAGAUGUUCCUCUCCAGGAACUCAAGCCACGUUGAUGACACUUUGGGGAAUGAGUCCAUGCCCCCAGACUUGCCAGUCCCAGCCCAGAGUGUUUAGUCUAGGGCAGGAAGACAGAGGAGCCAGGAGUGGCCCGUAGAAACGGGUGAACGCGUGGUGGGGUGGGCCACCUCCUGCAUAGAGACGCCCAAUAGCAGGGCCUUGGAGGCCGCCAUACCAAGGAUUGAGUGGGCCCUGACACCUAGCCUCUGCGGGAAACCAGAGCACUCAUAGCCUUUUAAAAUGGCAUCCACUAUCCACCUGUUUAACAUCUGCUUGGCUGCUGGAAAACCCUUACUAGGGGAGCCAAAGCAGAAGAGCAGCUAGUUGCUCUUCCUCCACAGGAUAGCUCUGUGGACAUACGCGUCCAGUGUUUCGCACUCGCGACCAUUGGGACCUUCAGCCUUCAGCCUUAGAGUUGGCCACAACCCUCAGGUCAGAUGUCAUCUUUGAAGUCCUCGACUUUCAGAGCCGUGAAUCUCGGUCUCACUGCGGGGGAGUGCAAGAAACGAUGAUUAGUUUUUGCACCUAUCUGUAUGAGGAGCUAGUAUGCGGGCUCCCAAACAGUACUGCCAUUUCAUGAUGACAAAACAAUGAUGUAAAGUCCUAGAGGUUAUGUCACUUGAAUGUACCAUUAUUUUACAAAGGCUACAGGAUUGACAUGAAAUAAAGGGACCCCAGUAAAAUUAUUUGUGACCCUGAACCACAAAACCAGUCUUACAUCACUGGGGUAUAUUUGUUUUAGUUGUUUAAUCAAAAAAUAAAUGUUAUUGGGCAAAAUAAAUUAACAUAA